GACGUCAUGCACUCGGUCCCGUUUGUUUACUUCUACUUGAGGCGUUGUCAACAAAGAGGACGGACGCGUGUGUUCCGUGUUUUCGGUGCUCGGGACACAUCGGGACCAGGACCAUGGCGGACCCCGGUCCAGAGGCACCGGCGGACGGGGCCGACCCGCCCAGUACCAACCCCCCACCGCUCAUCACAGUGUCUGGUCUGCCCAGUGCCACCAGUGCAGGACGGAACCUGAAGGACUGGCUCCAGGAGCAGUUCUGUGACAAACCUCUGGAGCAGGACGACAUGCGGCUGCACAACGCCGCCUACGUGGGAGACUUGGACACGCUGAGGAACCUGCUGCAGGAGGACGACUUCAGAGGGCGCAUCAAUGAGAAGUCUGUGUGGUGCUGUGGCUGUCUGCCCUGCACUCCUCUGCGGAUCGCUGCCACAGCCGGACACGCCGCCUGCGUGGCCUACCUGAUCGCCCAGGGGGCCGAGGUGGACCUGGUGGACGUCAAAGGCCAAACGGCGCUCUACGUAGGCGUGAUCAACGGUCACCUGGAGUGCGUCCGGAUCCUCCUCGAGGCCGGAGCGGAUCCCAACGGAAGCCGGCACCACCGCAGCACCCCCCUGUACCACGCUGCGCGGGUGGGAAGGCUGGACAUUCUGCAGGAGCUCAUCCGGUUCAAUGCUGAUGUGGACAUGGACCACCAGCUGGGCCCCCGGCUCCUCUUAAGCGCCCGCACCCUCAACACCUUGGUGGUGUGUCCCCUCUACAUCAGCGCUGCCUACCACCACCUCCACUGUUUCCAGCUGCUGCUCCAGGCCGGCGCGCAGCCCGACUUCAACUACAACGGGCCGGUCUGCCACGAGGCGCUGACCCGCGGCCUGGCCUCCUGCCUGCUGGACGCCGUGCUGCGGCACAGCUGCGAGGUGGCCUUCAUCCACCUGCUGCUGGACCACGGGGCCAACCCGGCCCUGGUGCCCUGGGAUGAGUCAGCGCUGGAGGCUCCUAACCGAAGGAAGGUGGAUCCUGAGGCCCUCGGGAUCUUCCUGGAGGCGAGGAGACGCCCUCGCCGGCUGACGCACUUGUGUCGGAUCAGGAUCCGGAGAGCGAUGGGCAAGAGUCGCCUCACCCACAUACCUUCGUUACCUCUGCCAGGGCCCAUCCAGAACUUCCUGCUUCACAGAGACUGACCCCCGAGCAGCUUCUCGUCGUCCACAUCCAACAAGAUACAAGAAAAACUUCAGUCAAUCUCAACGGCAAGACACACACGGCUGUGAAACCCUGAAAUAUUCUCCAAUAAUAAACUGCUCUCAGUAUUAUUUCUAUAACACCUCUUCCUGAUCCUGUGAUAAUUUAAUGAAAUGCAUCGUAACUUAUCGACGAAGCCUCUCUGUGUCCUGUAUUGUGGGAAAUGUGUGUGUAUCCUAAAUGUUUACCAGGGAACUGUCAUGGUCGUGCUUUGGUGUGUUUCAGCUCAUUUACCACAGAGAGAAUGUCAUUUGUUCUGCUGUUUAAAACCUGCAGUGUAAUAGAUAUCCAGUAAAGAGGCAGAGAAACAAGGAUCCAGCUCAUUUAUCUGCAGUAAAUGUACAAUUUAAACCUUUUACCAACUCUCAGCCCGAGUGCAACCCAUCAAUUAACUGCACAUCCUUAGCCGGCUUUAUCAUUUAGCUUCUUUUGAUGCAUUAACCACAUGGAUCGGUUUGACAACAUAAGGGCUGGAGCGUGCAAACUUCUAACUGUAUAAACUGAGUUUACAUUAAGUGCAGGGGGGGUGGUGAUGGAGUAUUUUAAAUGUUUUGCCGUAUGCCUUAAGCUUGAGUUUUGGAACAUUGACUUCAAGAUUGAACAAACCAGAACUACUAAUGACAAACCAGAGAAAUAAUAUAUAUGUACUUAAGGAAAAACCCAUUUAUGAACCUUAAAUGAGCUGUUUGAGGUCCUGGAACCCGACCGAAACUAAAGAAGCAAGUUUACAGUCUGGGUCUGAACGUUAAUGUGCGUGUUACCAUCAAAAGCUUUCUAGAAAACUAGUGUUAAAGCACUUUUCAGGAAACUUCCUCUGUUGACGUUCACAAUCUGUUUGAAAAGUGAAAUGUAUUUCUAAUGAAGAGAAUAGGUUUGUAUUAAUGAAGAGUACGUUUCACCUGUAAUCUGUUAUCUGAGUUAUUUUUGGUCCAUCCAUUUUGCUUUGUAUAUCCCGUGUUUGUUUCCAUAUGAAAUGUGAAUACUUCUA